GGCCCUUGUGGUUGGGAGCCGGAGUUGUGGGGAGGACUGACCGAGGACAAAAGCAUGUCCUCCCUCCCUGGGUGCAUGAGUUUGGCUGCAGCGCCAGCUGCAGCUGACUCUGCAGAGAUUGCUGAGCUGCAGCAGGCAGUGGUUGAAGAGCUGGGUAUCUCGAUGGAUGAGCUUCGUCAGUUCAUUGAUGAAGAACUGGAAAAGAUGGACUGUAUACAGCAGCGCAAGAAGCAGCUCGCAGAGCUGGAGACGUGGGUACUACAGAAAGAGUCUGAGGUGGCUUAUGUUGAUCGGCUCUUUGAUGAUGCAUCCAGGGAAGUGACUAAUUGUGAGUCUUUGGUGAAGGAUUUCUACUCUAAGCUGGGACUACAGUAUCAUGACAGUAGCUCUGAAGAUGAAGCUUCCCAGCCUACAGAGAUAAUUGAGAUUCCUGAUGAAGAUGAUGAUGUCCUCAGUAUUGACUCAGGUAAAGGAUGA